UCUUUCAUUGUGUCAGUGUGUGUGUGUCUGUGUGUGUGUGUUGACUGGCUGAUAGAGAGAUUUCACUGAACGAGACGAAAGCGAAGAACAGAAACAAGAGAUAAAGAAGAAGAAACAGAAGAGAAGGAGUUGGAAACAGGAGAGAACAUUGGAGGAACUUGGAGGAACGUUGUGAUGUUGAGUUCCUCCCACUGAUGACAUCACCAGCCCUGGUCCUGCCCACCACUUCCAUCAUGGCCGACAAAAAGCUCUCUGGUUUACCUCCUCCCUCCUUGUCUUCACCCUCUCAUCAGAAUGGGAGGAUUGGGGCAGCAGUGCCCAAAAGUUCUUCAGGUCCUCACCAGAAUGGCAGUCUGGACCCAGGACCGGUACACCACAGUCCUAGUAACACCAGUCCUGUUCCCCAGCCUUGUUCUGCUCCCAGUGGCAGGACCUCAGUCUCCACCUCACCCCUCAGGACCCUUGGAGGUUUUGUGGCUCCUGUAUCAAGUUCUGGUCCUGAAGGCAACUGUGGCUCCACCAGGCCCCGUGGUCAGAGUCUUGGUUCUGCUCUGAGUUCCAGGACUAGAACUACACCCAGCAGGAGCAAGCGCAGGAGCAGCCAGCAGGAGGAGUCAGAGGCCUUGUUGGACCUGAUCCUAGAGUCUCAGGGUCAGAGACUGGAUGACCAGAGAGCCAGCCUUAGUCUGCUGCCUGAUCCAGGACCAACGGCUCUGUGUGGGGCCUGCAGCCCUGACCACCUGCCCAGUUUGGACUUCUACUACAUGCUAAUACACUACCAGUCUGACAGGAUGGAGGACCAGAGAUCCUCCCUUCCUGAUCUCGCUGAUGUGGUUGGAUCAAUCCCUGAAGGUCAGGAGGAUUUCUUCAGUCUGAUCCAGAGAGUUCAGUCCAGGAGGAUGGACGAGCAGAGAGCCUCACUGCUGAUAACUCACACCAAGGAUGACGACUUGUACUCAACCGCCCCCCCCCACCACCACCACCACCAUCACUGAUGAAGAUAAGGGUCUGAAAGUACAGGAACAGGGUUGGCUGAGUAGUGCUGGACAGAGUCUGGAUCCUGUUACCAGGUGGAUAUUUGGUGAUUCAGAUUGAAACCAGAAUCCAGAUGUGGACACUUUACUGACUCUGCUUGUUGUCUUCAAACAGAAACCUGACACUGAGUUUCAAACAACACAAAGGUCUGAUCUGAGACCAGCUAAGGCUUGGUUCUGACCACAGGAGUUAAAGGUCUCCUGUUGUGUUGAUGUGUUUAUAAGUGAGUCCAUGUUUUGUUUGUCAUUAUUCACUGAGAGCAGUGGUCAAGAAACCAAUGGCGGCUGUGGAAAGGAAGCUGAUAAACCUGAACAAUCUGGGAUUUAAAAUAUGUGUUCUGUUGAUUUCACUGUUCUGAUGUUUAAAAGUCACCAGAUGUCAAAGGAACUGUUCUGUCCGACCAAACUGCUGCAGGGAGUUUACCUCUUGUGGUGGAAACAACAGGAACACAUCAGUCAAAUCAAAACAGAUUUUUUAUUAUCAGAUGACCCCCCUCAGGGUCCCAGAUGUCAUGUUGAGAAACUGUGCAUGUUUGGACCCAGGGAGACUCAGCUCAGUCCAUCCUGCGCUCUCUUUCCUUCUGUAGUGCACGAGUAUAAACCGUAACAUCAAUAGAAACCUGCUGUCACUUAUUUUAACAUGGUUCAGAUUUUUAAAUAUUUAUCUAACAAACACGUCCCUGUAUGUUUAUGUUCAUUGUUCAGAUAAACAAAGAGUCUGACAUCCUGCAGACCUGAUCCUCCUAAAAUGGGGUACAAAUAUCCCCCCUACUGAUCAGUGUCCUCAGGUCUGAUUUUCUGAUGGUUGUAAAGAUGAUCGUCAGAUUCUCCUGUGGCGUGAGGUGUGUUCAGAGUGAUGUUACCCUCCCUGAUAUAUAUUAAACAUGAUCAGUAUUUCUGAUUAGAAAUCCUGUUGUGUGGGGGGAACACUGAGGAGAGGCGAGCACGCUCUCUGUGGAUUGUCAUGUGGAAUGGAACGAUAGCCAAUCAGGAAGCAGCUGACUGAAGACGGAAGCACAACAAACAAGAGGCAUGGUUGUCUUGUUUGUCUUUGUUUUGUUUCCUCUGACAUGGUCAGAUGUGGAGCUGUGAGAGUCCAGGCUCUGGUUCUUGGUAGUGAAUCUGGUGGUGUGUGGUGUGGCUGUGUUGGUCUUCUAUCUGCACAUCACACACUAUAAGAACACAACUGUGACAUUCUGACGUAAUAUGUCCUGAGAUGUGUGAUCUCUCAUGUGUUCUACAUCAGGUAAGAUUUUAGUAAUCUGUUGGUGUGAACCAGGCUGUAGGUGGAUGAACCUGACCCCGGUCCUCUCUGGACUUGAGCAGUUUUAAAUUCUGUUAAAUCCUAUUUGUUAUUUUCUAUUAAAUUUAAGUUAAAACAAAGAA